UUCUUGCGUCAAUGACAUACCAUUGCGCCCAAUAAUAUGCGUAUCGUACUAGGUUCAACUGCUAGUAGUCUGCGGAGUUGAGUGCUGAGUUUGAGAGAGGGAAUGUCAAGCAGAGAAACAUUGGUUAGUGAAGCAGACGGGAACGGCGGCAUAAUGGCUCAACAGAAGAACCUAGAGGGAUAUGUGGGCUUUGCAAAUCUUCCCAACCAAGUUUACAGAAAAUCCGUGAAAAGAGGUUUCGAGUUCACACUCAUGGUUGUGGGAGAAUCUGGUCUGGGGAAGUCGACGCUGAUCAACUCACUCUUUCUAACAGAUCUGUACUCCCCUGAUUACCCAGGUCCUUCGCAUAGAAUUAAAAAAACUGUACAGGUGGAACAGUCUAAGGUUCUGAUAAAGGAAGGAGGAGUGCAGCUUCUGCUCACCAUCGUUGAUACCCCCGGCUUUGGUGAUGCAGUUGACAACAGUAACUGCUGGCAACCGGUCAUUGAUUACAUCGACAGUAAGUUUGAGGAUUACCUCAACGCAGAGUCCCGGGUCAACAGACGGCAAAUGCCAGACAACAGAGUGCAGUGCUGCCUGUAUUUCAUCGCUCCUUCUGGGCAUGGACUGAAGCCCCUCGAUAUUGAGUUCAUGAAACGGUUACAUGAAAAAGUAAACAUCAUCCCCCUCAUCGCCAAAGCUGACACAAUGACUCCUGAGGAGUGUCAACAGUUCAAGAAACAGAUCAUGAAAGAAAUCCAGGAGCACAAAAUCAAAAUCUACGAAUUCCCAGAGACAGAUGAUGAAGAGGAGAUGAAGAUGGUCAGGAAAAUCAAGGAUCGUUUACCCCUGGCUGUAGUCGGUAGCAACACCAUUAUCGAGGUCAACGGAAAGCGAGUGCGCGGGAGGCAGUACCCCUGGGGUGUGGCUGAAGUGGAAAACGGGGAGCACUGUGAUUUCACAAUCCUCCGGAACAUGCUCAUCAGGACCCACAUGCAGGACCUGAAGGAUGUGACGAACAACGUGCACUAUGAAAACUAUCGUAGCAGGAAACUUGCUGCGGUCACCUACAAUGGUGUGGACAACAAUAAGAACAAGGGACAGCUAACAAAACCUGAGACGGCUGAAGGCAUGAGUCCUCUCGCCCAGAUGGAAGAAGAACGGCGGGAACAUGUAUCCAAGAUGAAAAAGAUGGAACAAGAAAUGGAACAAGUGUUUGAGAUGAAGGUCAAAGAGAAGCUCCAGAAGCUCAGAGACUCUGAGGCUGAGCUCCAAAGGCGUCAUGAGCAAAUGAAAAAGAAUCUGGAGGCCCAGCACAAAGAACUGGAAGAAAAACGUCGCCAACACGAGGAGGAGAAGGCCAGCUGGGAGACCCAGCAGAGGAUUCUGGAACAGCAGAAACUAGACGCCUCCAGGACCUUGGAAAAGAACAAAAAGAAGAAGAUAUUUUAAUAACUCUGGAGUACCUUCCUGAUAUUACAGUGUAUAAUUCUUUUUUGUUUGUUUUUUUUUUUUGUUUUUUUGCCAAUCUGCCAGCCUUGAUUGUCAGAACUUCUGCCAAUAAACCACAUCCGCUGUUCGACCAUAUUACUGUGUAAUAAUUAUGUGAAAGCCAGGGGGCAGUAUUGUCUUAACUCUGAAUUUAACCAAUUGCUUUCUGCUCAUCAUUAUGUUCUUUCUCCAAAAACUGUUAUUACUUCUGUAUUGGUUCACCACACAGUCCUGUUUUGGGUCAUAAAAACAAGUAUAUUUCGGUAAAAAAAAACAAACAAAAAACCAUAUAUUCCUUUCAUAACAAACUGAAGGGCAAAGUUCAGAGUUCGGUCAAAAUCUUUCCUCUUUUCUUCUACUAUGAGAAUGUUUGAUGCCGCACUGUUGUGUGCUGCAUCCUUUUGAUGCCAAAAAACCAAACAAACAGGUCAGCCUUUCUCUUCCUGCACAUUGGCAGACAGCGUCGGGCUGAAGCUCACCUCAGGCACUGUUUUUUUGUUUUGUUUUGUUUUGGUUUUUUUUAAUGCAUCGUUCAUUUCACUUAUUUAGGUGUCACAUUUAAUUUCCUCCCAAGAUGUUAUGUUCUUCCAUUCUUUAAUGUAAAUUGUAUAACCAUAACCUGCAGUGUUUAAUGUCAAAUGUGUAACAUUUUCUUACUUUUUGUUCAUUUCUUCUUUUGUUUUUUGUACUGACCCUGGCAUAAAAAUUGUGUUAAUUAGUUUUCCAGCCCUGCUCUUGGAAACCAAACAUGGAUUCCUGACUUCACUCACACUGAGUGUAAUGGUGUAAAGAAAUUGCUCUUGAAGUGCUUUUAGUUGAAUUUAUUUGAACUUCUUGUGCAGAUUCUAUAUAAAAAUGUUUUUCAACAGAAUCAAAAUUUUUCCAGGAGCAGGAUGGGGAAGGUUUGUGUUGGAUUUUGGUGUAUGAGAAAGCUGGAGCUGAGAUGCUUCAGUCAACCAGACAGCGGUCAACAUAAUAACUGUACCAAAAUGGCUUUCUGUAUGUCACAUUUAGCACUGCUGGUGUAUUGCAUCUGUAUUUUGUAAUGUCUUGUUUUUAUUUGUACAAAGUCACAUAAUAAAAUUGUGAUGGGGAAAAAAGCA